GCGACCUUGAUAUUUAAUUUACUAAUUCCAUUCACGCCAAAAAUAUUGGAUAUUGUAAUUCCGCUGAAUGAGUCACGGCCAUUGGCAUAUGUAUAUCAGGCUGAACAUAGAGUGGACAAAGAGAAAUAUUACUAUCCAAUCGUAUUCCAUUCUUAUAUUACGUGUAUCAUUGUAGUAGUAAUUGUAUUUACCGUUGAUACUACAUAUCUAAAGUGUGUAUUGCAUGCUUGCAGUCUAUUUACAGCUAUCAGCCAACGUCUUGAAAAUAUUACUGGCGAGGCAGACACUAUAUUAGAUGAUUACAAAAAAAUACAUUCAGGGACGCAUUAUCAUUUAGGAAUUUUCAUGGAGAAAAACAGUUCUGCCGGAAAUGAUUAUAGUGAAUUGAUGACUUGCUUGAAAAAACAUCAACUUGCAUUAGAACACGCUCAAACGUUGGAUUCCAUGUUCACUCAAGCGACAUUAAUUCUUCUAUCUCUGAAUAUGGUGGUAUUGAGUGUGAUCGGAAUACAGUUUGUCAAUAACCUGACGCAGGGAGAAAUAAUAAAAUACGUUUUUGUAACUUACGGUGUAUUUAUUCAUCUUAUAUACAUGUGUAUUCCCGGACAAUUGCUGAUAGACCGGAGCGGAGAAGUUUUCGACAAAGCAAGUCUCGCUCCGUGUACACUCACGGCUGGAAAGAUGUUCGUUAUGUCCACGACUAUGUGCAGUUCGGUGAUGCGAACUGCCAUGUCAUAUUUCACGGCUUUUUUAUCCAUAAGAUAAGGAUAUGCGACUGCAAAUAUAUUAUGUAUAUCUUCGCACAAUUAUAUUAUCUAGGAAAGUCAUUA